AUGUCUGAACUUCACAUUCGAGCUGCGUUGUCGCGUCUCGCCGAUAAAUAUUUACAGAAUUCUGAGAGCCCGUCAGAGCCGUAUACAGUUGAAACAAUUAUCGGAUUCUUUGAAGGAAUCAUUAAUUCAAUCCCAUCUGAUUCACCAGUAUAUGGAAUUGAAGAAAUAUUAUAUCGCAUAUUUUCAAAGCGUAAGACACUGUGCAACAGAGACAUUAUUAACGUGAGUUUAGUUUCAAAUGAUAAUGCUGAUGGAAUUUUAUUCAGUCGACUCUCUAAUCUAGUAUCUCGUUUACGGACUCAAGAGGUACUACAAAACAAAGCUAGUAUCCUACAAGUGUUAUAUAGCUUAUCAAGAUUAAGCGAAGGCGUGGAUGAGCUGUCUUCUUCUCAUCCAACAAAUGCUCUUUCAGAUUUGCAAGCUUUACCCCCUUUGGGGCCUGAACAUACCUUGUCUGAAAGUACAGAUGGAAGAAACACAGAUAAAAACAGAUCUAUCUCUGAGCGAAAUUCUAUAUACGAGUGGACAUCCCUCUCGCAAAAGCAGCCAACACCUACUCAAGAAAAAGCUUCAUAUUUUGAAGAAAGUAACGAUACAGAAGAUUAUUUGAAAAGUGCUGCACUGUUUAUUCUUCAAGGCAUUUCAACUGACCUUGUGAAGUUUCAUGAUGGUAAUGCCGACUUAUCACAACAAAUACCCUCCCAUCAUAUCCUACAAAUCCGUUCUUUAUGUGAAAUUGGUCUUCUUUACCAAGAAUUGAAAAAAUUCGCUGACUAUGAUGGUUUUCAUAGUUCACACUCAACUUUGAAGAUGUCCGAUUCUUCAUAUGAUGAACAAACUUUAGCAUUACAAAGUUUCCGAGCAUUUAUUUCUAAAGAAUUGACACAAUACCUAAGCCUUAUCGCUUCUUUAGAAUCUCAACUUCGAACGGAUAAUUCAACGAGUUCACAAACAGUUAGCAUUCGCCGCUGUAUAGUCUGGACAAAUAAUUCACGACUAAAGUUUAGGAUACUAUCGUCCAUUGUGAAUUCGUUUUUGAAAGAAAAGAACAAGAAGAAGCUUAUUCAUAUUGUUGCUCAAUAUAGUUUCCAUGGAGACCCUAUUAUUCACGAUCUUAGCAAGCGAGUGUUGAUGGAAAUCACUCAACCCCUUCAUGAGAUGAUUGCAAAUUGGGUUUAUAAAGGAGAGCUGGUAGAUCCUUUUCGGGAAUUUUUCGUCAAUGAAACUGAUGAUAUUUCUCAUACUCAUGAUAGACAGGGAACAGGACGAAUUGUUUGGAAAGGGAAAUAUCACUUGGAAAAAGAAUUAAUACCAAGCUUCCUGUCGAGUCCUUUAGUAGAAAAAAUAUUUCUUAUCGGAAAGUGCCUCAAUUUUGCCCGCUAUGGUUGUGAUGAUUCGGAAUGGACUCAGGACCACUAUAGAAAAUUUGCAAAAAAGCUUUCAUAUACAGAUUCCCAAAGUCUAAAAUUGACUAUUGACAUGGCUUAUACACAGUCCACUCGACAUCUCGUUAAACUCAUGGAAGAAAAAUUCCAUUUGAGUGAGCAUUUGAAUGCCAUAAAAAAGUAUAUUCUAUUGGGUCAAGGUGAUUUUGUUGCAUAUUUAAUGGAAAGUUUAGGUGAUUCUUUAGAACAACCUGCCAACACUCUUUUCAGACACAAUUUAACCGCGUGCUUAGAGAGCGCAAUUCGCUCAAGUAAUGCUUCUUAUGAACCAGAAUAUAUUCUAAAACGCUUAGAUGCAAGGCUACUAGAAUUAUCCCAUGGUGAAGUAGGUUGGGAUGUCUUUACGUUGGAGUACAAGGUGGAUUCUCCGAUUAACGUUAUUAUCACACCUUACUGCUCAAGGCAGUAUUUGAAGAUGUUUAAUUUUCUAUGGAGGUUAAAAAGAAUUGAGUUUGUUCUUUCUCAUUCUUGGCGUCGGUCGACUCUAGGAGUCCGCAACAUUAUUCGUGAACUAGAAUUUGUUCAACCAGAAUGGCAUUUUGUCAGUAUUCACUUGGCCGAAAUGAUCCAUUUUAUCUGUCAGCUUCAAUACUAUAUACUUUUUGAGGUAAGCGUGGAACUCCAAGCUAGGUUACUAAUUUUCAUACAGGUUAUUGAAAUCAGCUGGGAAAAACUAAAAGAGGCAAUGUUAAAACCAAAUGCAACACUGGAUACGUAUAUUGAAGCUCAUCACCAUUAUGUGACCAGUAUCACCCAUAAAGGUUUGCUGGGUAGUGCCAGAUCGCGGACUGAAGAUUCCUUCCUUCACCAGCUUCAUGAACUCCUAAAGAUAAUUCUAUCUUUUCAUAACUCUAUCGAAGCUCUGUAUAAUUUUUCGAUAUCACUUUACAGUCGAUUGAAGAUCAACGCUCCUAUAUCCACAGAGUCGUUAGAAGAACAGUACGUGCCCAUUCAAGAGAAACUUCAACACUGUUCAGAGGAGUUUCAGUUGCGACUUAAACAUUUUUUGUAUGGUUUAGCAACUCAAAAAGAUUCAGAAAUGAGGUUCUUGUCUGUACGUUUGAAUUUUAACGAAUUCUAUGCAUUCCAGCAAAAGAAGGUUUAA